AUUGACCAAAUAUGUAUUUUUAUGUGCAUUCGUAGGAGUUAUUAAAGUUUACGAAAUUGGAAAUGCAGUAGUCAGUCCUAAAGGCACAGUUUCAUGCUAUAUUGCUAUGCCUGAAACACUCGGGAAUGUUGCAAACACAGGAGACGUCUUCGGUCUAUGCCCUGAUGACAAGUUGCAGACAAUUACAAAGUAGGUCGCAAGACACAACACCACCUUUGAUGAUCAUUUCAUUCAUUUGUCUCUCAAAAGCUCAAAUAAGAGAACGUUCUCGUCCAUAUCCCAAAGUAUGACAUUUCGGCGCGGGUAUUUGUAACCUCUGGUUUGUAGGUCAAGACACCAUUUCCAUGCUUCAAGUGCUGAGCAUAUUGCAAGCAGCGAAGGGAAUGAAAUGGAACCAGCAAGUGGAAGAUGGCAUGAAGAAGAUCAUCGAAGACGAGGAGGGUGGCAUGGAUCCCGAAAAAGAGGCUGAAACCGUCAGGGAUGAAAUUGCCGUGGCGUACAAGAGGAUCCUGAUGCUCAACCCAAGCGACGAGAUGCAACUGAAAGACGAUUUCCGAAGAGUUCUUGGAUCUGAAGAAGCUGAAGAUAUUUUUGAUGAAGCGGAGAAAAUAAUGUGGCAAGAGCUUCAAGAGCAAGCGAGGAUUGACAAAGAGCUCAGCCUCAAGACGAGCCAAAAGAAGGCUUUCGACCAACUGGUGAAGGACGUGAAGCAUGGGAAAGAUCCGUCUCAAGAAGGUGAAAGAGUUGUGAAGAAACUUAAAGAAGACGCUGCCAAGAUACUGACAUUGUCCCCACAGGAGCAAGAAGAAGAAAAGUACAAAUUCUACGCAGAGUAUGGAGAAGAAACCGGUGAGAAAGUGUUCCAAGCGAUCAAAGCCAUCAACGAAGCGGAAGUUGAGAAAGCUGCUGCUUCCACACAUGAGGAGGUGCAGGGACCAGCUACUGCUGCCCGUUAAAGACAAGAACAAGAUACCAAUGGUUCUUUCCAUUUCAGGAUAUACAGUUGUUGUUUGAAGUAGUAAACUGUGGGUAUACAUAAGGAUAUACAUGAAACUGGCAUUAAGUGUAACAAUGCUAGUAUAAGACUCACGACCCAAAGAAUAUUUGAGAUCUCUAAAUCUGAAGAACAUUGUAUUAACACAAGGUCGUACAAAUGAACAAGCUUGAGUUCCUAAUAACUUGCUUCAGAUCAUGAAUGGUUGUUUACGCCUAUGUUUGACACUAACUUUACUCUGUAUGAAUGUAAAUUCCUACGAAGUAAAUAAAACUUUCAUUCAAUGUGA